UGAGUGCGCAUGCGCAGCCUGAAACUAUUUUAACACGCCAAAAAGCAGAAAAUUGACUCGGGAAGAUGGCGACCGCUGUAAUGACGAGUUCAGUUCCUGUUAAUUCAGAAAAGGAGAACUGUGAGAAAACUCUUCAGAAGGUUGUGAGUCCUGAAGGUUACAUCAAACAUCCUUUACAAAAUAGGUGGGCUCUCUGGUUCUUCAAAAAUGACAAAAGCAAAACGUGGCAGGCCAACCUCCGGCUCAUCUCCAAGUUCGACACCGUUGAAGACUUCUGGGCGUUGUAUAAUCACAUCCAGCUGUCCAGUAACCUGAUGUCUGGCUGUGACUAUUCUCUGUUUAAGGACGGGAUCGAACCCAUGUGGGAGGACGAGCGGAACCGACGAGGCGGCCGCUGGCUGAUAACUUUGUCCAAACAGCAACGGAAAAGCGAUCUGGACCGGUUCUGGUUAGAAACGCUCUUGUGUCUGGUGGGUGAAGCGUUUGACGACCAUAGCGAUGAUGUUUGUGGCGCCGUCAUUAACGUAAGAGCCAAAGGGGAUAAAAUCGCUAUCUGGACGACAGACUUUGAAAACAAAGACGCCAUCACACACAUAGGGCGAGUUUAUAAGGAGAGGCUAGGCGUCCCACCAAAAGUGAUCAUUGGCUACCAGUCGCAUGCCGAUACGGCCACCAAGAGCGGUUCCACCACCAAAAACAAGUUUGUUGCCUGAGGACUCUGGAUUCAUCCACCACAUGUUGUUUUCUGUCGUUUUGUUCCAUGAAUGUAACUGAGAAAUUAAUCUACAGGGUGAAUGUUUUGCUUUUGUUUGACACCUGACCAAAGCUUUAGUUUGUGGAGAGAGUGCAAUUCAAAAAGUACCACUUCUUUGGACACUUUAUUUUGUGGCAGUUUCUGUUGUACAAUUUGAAUGAAAUUUUAAAGGGGAAUAUAAAAAAUAGUUUGGUUAUGAAUUACAACUAUCUAAUGAUUGGAAACUUUGCUAAAUUUGAGUUUAAGUUUUGCUCGGGUCCAAUAAAAAUCAUUUAUUUUACAAUAGGAAAAUGUUCAGUUUUGUAAAGUUAGUGAUAAAAUGUGACUUUGUCAUCACUGGUGCAUAUUGGGUAACUGAACUCUUUUUAUUAGAACUCAUCUAUGUUACAUAAGUGUUCAUUUUAAGCUCCUCCUUCAGAAGCAAAAUACAGUUUCAAUGGAGCUUGAAGUCAAACUUUGCAUAUGUCAACUGCAGAAAAUAGAAAUUCUAACCAGAACCACAAAAAGAAACCAGAAAAUGAAUCUUUUCUCUUCAUCAUCAAGCCACUCAUACUUAGGUUUUUAUAAUAUUCUUCAGUUCAGACGAAACAUCUUCAGUUGUAGAGCACAGAGCUGCGAUUUAUCUUGAAGCCUCACUGUGUAAAUGGAAAAGAGAUGCUUUCAAUGAUUCUCUGACAGAUUUAAUCUGCAGUGAAAAAUAUAACAUUUGUUUGAGGUAAAUAUUUUUUGAAACUAAAAGGUGCCUUUAGUGUUUAAACUCUGUUUGCAUAUUUUUAUUUUACAACAAAUGUAAAAAGAACCGAUGUAAAUAAAUUGUACAGUGAUAUGUCCUCUCAUAAGCAAUGGAAAUAAAUAUAUUAAGUGGUGUAA